CUCCUCACCGCCGCCGCCGCUGGCGACCUGGGCAAGGUCCGCUCCCUCUGCUCCUCCGGUGACGUCACCGUCCUUGAUCGGGACGGCGCCAACAGGACGGCACUGCACGUGGCGGCGAGCGAGGGGCAUCAGGAGAUGGUGAGGUUCUUGCUGGAGAUGCGGGCAGAUCCUAAUCAGAAGGACAACUACGACAACACGCCCGUCAACGACGCAGUGAGGAACAAGCACGACGAGGUGGUGCGGGUGAUGCGG